UAUUGUCGAGGAAGUCGAUUUGCCUGUGGAUUUCGUGUCUCGGAUUUUUACAAACGGCUCAUAUUAUGAUUGAAAAAUAAGUAAAAAACACAACACAAAAUGUCCAAACAAUAUCUGGACAAACUGUUCCGUCUUUAUGACCGGUACCAGCAGUAUGUAACCCAGAACCCUGGCGCCACUGCGAAACUGGAAAGUACAGUUCGGACACUGUCUUACCUGAUUGCAGGGCGUUUUUCAGACUCCCAUGAGCUGUCAGAACUGGUGUACUCAGCAUCCAACCUGUUGGUUCUACUAAAUGAUGGAAUUCUCAGAAGAGGACUUUGUCGAAAUUUGCCCAUGUCCCUGUCUCAGCAAAAGCUUCUGACGUGGCUGUCGGUGCUUGAGUAUGUGGAGGUCUUCACUGAGAUGGGUGCUUGCAAACUCUGGGGAGAAGGCGGGCGCUGGCUGGUCAUCAUCCUUAUUCAGAUAGCCAAAGCUAUCUUGCGUGUCCUGUUAUUGUUCUGGUAUAAAUCAGGAAUACAGACGUCCCCUCCCAUCGUACCCCUGGACAGAGACUCAGACCUAUGCAAAAGAGAGGACGAUAAAGAAGAGGCUGGGAAUGACCAAUUCUACGUGGGUCAACGCACAGGGAGAGUACUCAGGACAUUAAACUCAACUCCGUCUAUGCAUGCUCGUCUGUGGGGAUCUCCGGAGAAGGAGUGGAUGGGCAUGCAGCUGAAGCAGGACCUCCACCCCAACCCCACACCUCUAGGCCUGCAGGAGACCAUUGCCGAGACCCUCUAUAUCGGACGGCCACUGGUGCACUUGCUUUCUCUUGGAGUGUGUGGAAGGCGUUCCUGGAAACCGUGGUUCAUCUCUGGAAUUCUAGAAUUAACCAGUUUUAGCUUAUUGAACGAUAUGAAGACCCUGAACCGGAGGGAGCGUGCGGAGCUGAGAAGAAGAGCCUUCCUCCUGCUCUAUUACCUACUACGCUCCCCCUUCUACGACAGAUACUCAGAGACGAAAAUUUUAGUUCUGCUGAGAUUUUUGGCAGAUUAUAUUCCUGGAGUCGGCCUAGUUGCACGUCCUCUGAUGGACUACCUCCCCGUCUGGCAGAAGAUCUACUUCUACAACUGGGGCUGAAGGAGGUGGAAAUGAAGGGUCAUGAUCCACACGUGUGGAAUAGGGAAGCCCUAAGCAGAUUGCUGCUGAGACACACACAAGGUCUCGAUGAAAUCACCACACAGCACCUGUGCCAGUCACUUCAUUGUCAGUUUCAUGUUUCUAUGAACUCUUGGAUGAGUGUAGGAGGAAGUAGGCAUUGGCUUUAUUCAAGCUACUUUGUGGUGAUCACUGCACAUAGCAUACACGUUCUUUUGUGUUUGUGUUUGUUUGGUCACGCAGAGCGUUAAGUCCCUAACAUUUAUCUAUGAUCAUUUUUGUUUUUUCUUCUCUUUUCCUUUUCUUUUCUUUUUUUAAAAAGAUGUGCAAAAUGUGAAUGUAUUUUAUAAUGGUCCUGCAACAGAUUUAUCUACUGACUGAUAAUUAUGGACAAUGGAUUAGAUUUUCUGUAUCAGUUCACCCAAUAAAAUACCUAAUUCUUAAUGACUUUAA